CUAUUUAAAUAUGUUAGUGGUUUUCUUUAAUAAAACUGUGGGUCCAGACUUUUUGUCUUGUCCCACUUUAUCAGACCGUCAUUCCCUUUAAGGGAGUCGGUUGUUUAAAAUAAAUGGAUCAUUCAGACGGGAAAUGCAUCGUGGGAGGAGUUGCACAAACAAGAACUAGACAGCCUUUAGGUUUCGUUUCUUGGGUGGAGUCGCAGCACUUUGCAGAGCAAAAGUAGUUUUACGGCCGCUGGAGUUUGACAAAGCUGGAGGAGCAGCACUGAUCUGCAUCUUUAACCUUCUCGCUACAGCUUUCAGUGUCCGUUCGUCGUCAUGAAUGAAUUUGUUCGUGAUAAAUUAACUGAGUGGGGUCUCCAAGUCUGGAUAGAAAAAUUUGAAGACGAAGGUGUUGAUGAGGAAAGUUUUUACAAUCUGGAAGAUCAAGAAAUUGCCGAAUUGAUCCCAAAAGUGGGACCACGGACAAAAUUCAAGAAGAGACUGAAGUUGUUAAAGGUUCACAAGGAACAAAACACAGCAAAUCCAGAUACAGCUGAUGCGUCUGCUCAAGUCAUUCCAUCCACCAGUAGAACAAGUAAUGAAGGAAAGAGAAGGUCUGAUCUCCAGGGCGAGUCCAAUCAACAGCAACCACCGACUAAGAAACAAAGACCGGGAUCCUACUCAGAAGAAAUUAUACUGGCUGAUGUGAAAGAGAUAAUGGGACGUGUCCUAAAGACAAUACCUCGUGAAGAAAACAACCUGAACGCCUUUUUGAGGAGAAAAAUCCACGAUUUGGAGACGGACAAGAGGGAGGUGGUCGGCGUCUUUGGCAAUACCGGAGCUGGAAAGAGCUAUUUGAUUAAUGCCAUCAUUGGAUUGAAGAACUUCUUGCCCUCUGGAGGCAUCAGUGCAUGUACGUCAGUCCUGAUUAAAGUGGAGGCUAACAUGCAGAACUCAAAGUACGAAGCAAUCGUUGAGUUUAUUACAAAAGAGGAGUGGAGAGAUGAGUUGUGGUUCUCAAAAAAUUUUAGUCUGGAAAAUGCGGAAGAUGACACAGAAUAUAAGGACAUUGCUGAAAAGCUGUCAGCGCUGUAUGGAGAAGACUGGAAAGAAAAAUCUCCUGAUGACCUCAUGGAUGGCAAAUAUUUCAAAAAGAUCCCAGAAUUUCUCCAAUCCAACGAAGAACUGAGAAAGAAGAUUUUGACAGCCGAUGAAGCCAAAAAGCUAUUUAAAAGUUUAAUCAGAUACACAAGAACCAACACAGAUGACCCAGAAGAUGAAGGCACAAGGACGUGGUAUUGGCCGCUGGUGAAGUGUGUGACCAUCAAGGUGCCAGACGCUGAUCUUCUGAAGCAUGUCACACUGGUAGAUCUUCCUGGAAAUGGGGACACUAACAAGAGCAGAGACAAUAUGUGGAAAACGAUCAUUGGAAGUUGUUCCACUAUCUGGAUCGUGACUGACAUCAAUCGAGCUGGAUCAGCCAAAGAAGCCUGGGAAAUCCUGAAAGAUGCCUGCAGCUACAUGGGAAAUGGUGGCCAGUGUAAUGAGAUUCACUUCAUCUGCACCAAGUCUGAUGGUCAUUCAGAUGCAAAAGACACUUCAGCAGCUGGUAUUCGUGAUUUCAUCUUAAAAAGAAACCAACAAGCCAAGGCCAAAGUGAAACAAGAAUUUAACCAACUAAAGGAGGUUAAGAAACACGUCAGUGAGGAAAGUUUCAAAGUCUUCACAGUGAGCUCUGUAGAGUUUCUAAAUCACAAAUAUCUAAAUCAAGAAGAAACUGAAAUACCCAAACUUCAGAAGUUCCUGCAGGAGUUCAAUGACUGUCACAAAGAGACGUUGAACUACGUGUCCGGAGCCCACGGGAUCCUGUCUCUGAUUCAAGGGGCCAGCCGUGGAGGAGGAGCUGAGAAAAAGAAAGCUGUGUGCACAAUCCUUGAAACAAAGAUGAAAGAUGAACUUCAAAAAGUCAGGAAUCAAAUGGUAGAAACAUACGAGGAUUUUAAAAGGUGCCUCAAUGAAGGAGUUGAAAAAUCUGAACAUUCCUGUGAAACGGUCUUAGAGUCGGUGAUAAAUCCUAGAAGGCCAGGAGGUGGUUUCCACAAGACACUGAAGUAUUUAGUCGAGCACAACGGCAUCUACAAGGCUGAAAAGAAUCGAGCAACAAGGAAACAAAUAAACCUCAACAUGAAGUUAUCUUCAUACCUGACUGAGAGCAUCGAUGAGAAAUUCAAGGAGACCUUCCCAAAUGAAGUAAAUUGUGGACCAUCCAACGGAAAAAUCAAUUCGUUUUCACUUGGCACAAAGAGGAUGAAAAUGAAGCCAGAGUACGAAGAUGUCAAACUUCAACUGGAAUUCCUCAAUGCAGAGGAAGAUAAGAUGAAGAAGAAACUCAUCAAAGUCAUCCGUGAACGUAAGAAAAGGAUCUACAGCAGUCUGAUGACAACAGUUGAGGAAUCAAUGCAGAAAUGCUAUGAUGAUGCAAAAGUAAUAAGAGGAGCCAACUCACUGAUUAACAUGAGGGAAACAAUGAGGAAGCAUGUUCAUGAUUCAAAACACAACAUGUUCAAGAAUGCUAAAAAGGUCAUGUUGGACCAGCUGAGAGACUUGAUGAAUGACAUCCUGAAGGACCUGAAAGUGACGAUGCAGGAAUCAAUCGACCUGUCGCUCAAGACAGACGGUGACUCAAUCCCAGAUUUUACAGUGGAGCUUGGUAAGGUGAAGAACCACUAUGAAGAACUGAAGGGAAGCGCAGAAGAAGACCAGUAGUUUGUGCCAGUCCACCAAGCUGCUGAACAGCUGAUGAACAGCUGAUGAGCCCUAACCCUUGGAGAUGUGAGGCCUCUGGAUUUGGUCUCAACCAUUUUUGUCAACUCAUCUUAUUACAAUUGUCGUGGAUGUGUACAGAAAACUGGACACACUCCAACACUCAGCAAUCCGAUUUGCCACAAGUGCAUCCUUCGGCACCCACCACUGUGAUCUUUACAGAUUGGUGGAUUGGCCCUCCCUUCUGGGAUUGACCCCUCGCUACCGCUCAAAUCCUCUGCACAAUUUCCGACAGCGAUCGCCAUUUAAGAUCCAGUGACUUAAUUCGGCUCAGCAUUCCAAAAGUCCGCGCUGUGUUUGGUCAUAACUCUUUUUAUUUUGCCAGUGCGCAUGAUUGGAACUCAGUACAAAACACGCUCAAAGUAACAGCCCUCACCUCUUUCAACAUACACAAACAUAAGCUGCAACAAACCAUAGUUGCUGAUCAGCCCUCAGUUCUCCCCCUCUCUUCCAUUUUUACAAAUAACUUCCAGUAAUCUGCUUUUAUUUUUGUGUUUAUUAAUUGAACCAUGUUGUUUAUCAUACUGUGAUGUAUCUGAUGUUUGUGUGUGAACUGUGCUACUGCCUCUUGAGGCAGUACUUUUUGUUAGCAACCCCUGAUCAGGAAUCAGGAAACAUGUAUGACCAUAAUAUGUCAGACAUACAAGGAAUUUGAUUUGGCGGUUGCAACAUGGUUACCAGCGCCAUUCUAAAUACUAAGUAAAUAGCUGCCUUUUAGCAGAAAACAGUUGUAGCCACAAUACGUUGUGUAUCGCAUUUGAACAGCCGAGAGUUUGUGCAUCGGAAACAUCACGUUUGUUUGCCGAGCACCAGAAGUUUGUUGAUGAUUAGCAAGAUCAACAUUAUUUCGUGCUUCUGAAAACAACCUCGCACCAUCUCUGUCAUUGGGUUUAUUUCAUGUUACCUCCCCCCCUGCAGCUGGUGCCCGCGUGUUCACCCCCAUAAAAUAUCUAGUUGGACGAUAAAUAGCUAAACAAAUCUUCUAUCAACAUGAGUUCCUUGGGAAAGGGAACGGUCAUGCUCCAGUUCAGAAGGUCACACACUCUCUACCCACUAACACUGAACCAUUAUUUGGUUAUGGCUCUUAAUUUAUAGCAUGUUGUAAAUCUUAAUGAAUACUGUUGAAUAUUCACAACCACUAUUCAAUAUUCAACGUGUGUGUGGUCUGUCAGGGCACGCCUUUCCCCGCACUCCAGCCAAUCGGACGGGCCAGUGUUUGGGGGAGGCGUGUCUUCCUUGUUUUCAGGGGGUUGGUCCUGGUUAGUUCCGUUGUUGCUGUGGUUACGAGUGUUUUGAGCUGCAUGCAAUGUAUCGCCAGUGUUGCGGGUGAGGUUCACAAAUAAAAGUAUUACGACUUGCAUCAAC